AUGGACUUGCCACGUUUGGAGCGUUUUGGGGUCCCUGGUUUGCUGGGUGGCUCCCUGCGAGGGGCUCGUACUGGUUCAGUGGCCGCUCGGUCUCUAGUGGAGCUUUUACCGAGUAGUCCGCCCGCCCACGAUCGGAACCGGUCGAAUGCGCGUGUGCGGGAGGGACGCUGGCUGCCGGAACUGGGGGCGCGCGCUUUCGUGUUGGCCUGUGGUCUGUCGGUCGCUCGUGCGUGUCGGCUACGACGGCAGGUCAAGCAACACGACGAGGAUGUCGCUAUAGCAGAGACAGGGAUAGACAAACGCAGUGAGGGGGGGGCAAAGGGAGGCAAAGCAGACAGAGUGGCACCUUACACACUCGGCAGUAACGAGGCGAGAGAGGCGGAGGCGCAGGGGGGCGACACCAAGUGA